ACCAACGGUCAUACGAACGGUCAUACGAACGGCCACACUAACGGUCAUACCAAUAGCACGGCCACCCAUACCACAGAGUCGUCAACGCCCCGGUUCGAGCACAUCGCCAUCUGCGGCAUGGCCUGCCGCCUCCCCGGAGGGGUGAGCUCUCCCAAAGAGCUCUGGUCCUUCCUGCUCUCCGGCCAAGACGGGCGCAUCAUCACCCCGAAGAGCCGCUUCAACAUCGAUGGGUACUACUCAGCGACGAAGCGCGCCGGCACCACCAACACCAAGUACGGAUACUUCCUCGACGAGUCGGUUGACCUGGCCGGGCUGGAUACCUCCAUGUUUUCGAUGAGCCGGAUGGAGGUAGAAUGGCUGGACCCGCAGCAAAGAAUGAUGCUUGAGGUGGCGCGGGAGUGUGUCGAUGACGCCGGGGAGGUCGGCUGGAGAGGCUCCCAGAUCGGAGUCUACAUCGGCUCCUUCGGGCAGGAUUGGUAUGACAUACUCAACAGAGACGGGUUGAGGCAUAGUGUUGUGAGUGUAAUUUCGAGUCACGACUUUAUGAUAUCCGAGAGAAUCUCGCAUGAGAUGGACCUUAAGGGGCCGAGUAUGACCUUAAGAACCGCAUGCUCGUCAGCACUCGUCGGUCUGAACGAGGCGUGCAUGGCUAUCGCCAAAGGUGACUGCGAAUCUGCCAUCGUCGGUGGCUCCAACCUGAUCCUUGCCCCGGAUCUGGUCACCCGCUUAUCCGACCAGGGGAUCCUCAGCCCUGACGGUUCGUGCAAGACUUUCUCCGCCGACGCCAAUGGUUAUGCCCGUGGGGAGGCGAUCGUAUCCGUCUACAUCAAGUCUCUGAGCGCCGCUCUUCAAGACGGCAACCCCAUCCGCUCUGUGAUCACCGGUAGCGCUUCCAACUUUGACGGGCGCACGAAUCCCCUGACGACACCAAGCGCCAUUGCUCAGGAGGCCCUCAUUCGACGCACCUACGAGGUUGCCGGAAUCUCCGACUUUUCUAAGACCGGUCUGUUUGAAUGUCACGGCACGGGCACGGCUACCGGAGACCCCAUUGAAGCUGAAGCGAUUGCGAAGGUCUUUGGAGACCAGGGAGUCUACUUGGGCGCGAUCAAGCCCAAUGUCGGACACUCCGAAGGGGCAUCGGGAUUGACGGCUGUGCUGAAGGCCACCCUGGCGCUAGAGCAUCGGACCAUCCCCCCGAAUAUCAAAUACGCGCCCUUGAACCCAAAGAUUCCCUUCGAGCAGGCCAAGCUUCGGAUCCCGAAGCAGCCGACUCCAUGGCCCGCAGGAAGGGCUGAGCGCGUGAGCAUCAACUCCUUUGGAGUGGGCGGAUCUAAUGCCCAUGCGAUUGUGGAAUCUGCGGAUAGCUUCUUCGCCUCGCGCGGUGCAACGGUCACAGCAAAGGUAGAGACAGGCAAUAAGGCACAGCUGUUAGUCUUCUCCGCCAACACCGCCCAGUCACUGAAGGAGAUGGUUGCAGGCUACCAGUCACUGCUGCUUGGCGGUGAAUUAUCCUCGAUCAAUCUCGGCGAUCUAGCGUAUACCCUCGCAACCCGACGAGAACAUCUCCCCCACCGAUCCUUCGCAAUUGCGUCACAGGACAAGUUCGAACUCCCUGUGUCAGUGCCCAUUGCUAGCACCGGCAGUAGUCACACCCCAUCCCUGGUCAUGGUUUUCACUGGUCAGGGAGCGGCCUCGCCUCAAAUGGGCCGGGACCUGCUCCUCUCUGACGAAACAUACGCCAACAGCAUCAAGUCCCUCGACAAGCGUCUGCGCAGCCUUGGCGCCGACUGGUCUCUAGAGGAGGAGCUCUUGAAAUCAACCCGCGCCAGCCGCGUGUACGAGGCCGAAUUCGCUCAGCCCCUGUCGACUGCGCUCCAGAUCGCUCUUGUUGACACACUAGCAGCCGCUGGAGUCAAGCCGUCGGCUGUCGUCGGCCAUUCCAGCGGCGAGAUUGUAGCCGCCUAUGCCGCUGGUGCGCUGUCGGCCCAGGAAGCCAUCGCCGUGGCUUACCAUCGCGGGGCCACUGCUAGAGCCCAAACAGCCCCUGGGGGCAUGGCGGCUGUCGGCCUGGGCUGGGAACACGUGCAGGACUUUCUCACGGAAGGUGUUGUCGCAGCUUGUGACAAUUCACUCAACAGCGUGACGCUCUCUGGGGACGCGGACCAGCUGGAGGUUGUUGUGGCUGAAAUCAAGAAAGCUCACCCAGAUGUCUCAACCACAAUGCUAAAAGUCGGGAAAGCGUACCACUCCCAUCACAUGCUUGCCCUAGGCCCGGACUACCACCGCGCCAUGACUGAGUCCGGGGUACUAGGGACGAACCCCUCGAUUCCUUUCUUCUCCAGCGUGCGGGGCCAGUUAUUGGGAGACACGAAAGCCGACCGGCUUGGCCCGGACUACUGGCAAGCCAACCUGGAGCGGCCGGUGCUCUUCCGUGCAGCUCUCACCGAGAUCUUGCGGGCCAAGCAGCAAUUCAAGAACCCUGUCCUCCUGAAGAUCGGCCCGCACUCGGCCCUCGCCGGUCCUAUCCGGCAGACAUUAGCCUCCGAGUCGAGCAAAGCUUCGUACAUCCCCACGCUGACUCGCCGUCAGAACAGUGUCGAGAGCCUGCUUCAGGCCAUAGGCAAGCUCUACACCCUCCACGUGCCGAUCGACUUCAAGUCCCUCGUGCCGGCGGGCUCGGUAAUCUCAGAUCUCCCUCGGUACCCUUGGGAUCACAGCCGCCGGUUCUGGUUCGAGUCCCGCGUCGCCAAGGCAUGGCGCGAGCGGGAAUAUGCAGACCACACCCUGCUCGGCGCGCGGGUGCCUGAGAGCACGGAUCUGGAGCCCGUUUGGCGGAACUUCCUGAGCGUGGAGACGACGCCGUGGGUGGUCGACCACAAGAUCGGGGAGUCGAUCGUGUUCCCGUUCGCGGGGUACGUGUCGAUCGCCGGUGAAGCGGCGCGCCAGGUCAGUGGGAUUGAUGAUGGAGUCAGUUUUAAGGACGUGGCCGUGAACACGGCGCUGGUACUCGACGAGGAGGCUCCCACCGAGAUCGUGACUACUCUGCGCAAGCACCGCUUGACCGACACGCUGAGCAGCGAGUGGUGGGAGUUCAACGUCUCCUCCUACAAUGGCCAUUCCUGGACGAAGCACUGCUCAGGCCAGGUCCGUGGCGAGGCGCUACCGUACACGGCACUGGAGCAAGAUGACGGCCAGGACUUGGUUGAAGAGGAACCACCACUACCGCGCAAGGUUGACGGUCCUCGGUGGUACGAGUCUGCCGCCAAAGAAGGUCUGGUUUACGGACCCAGCUUCGCAACCAUGGAUCAGAUCCGCUCGUCGACCGGCUGGCCACAUCGCGCCACCGCCGUCAUGCGUAACAGCCGCUGGGGCGACGAGGCACAGUACCACCUCCACCCGAUUAUCCUGGAUACCUGGUUCCAGUUGAUGAGUUGCGCCGUCAAUGACGGGAUCGGCCACGCCUACCGGCGCCUGGUCGCUUCAAGGGUUGACAAUCUGACAAUUUACCGGUCAGCGGCGGACCAUCUCGAUCUGAAGGUGAACUGCUGGCCCACAGACGCAGGCUACGUUGGGGAAGGAAGCGUGAUGGUAAAUGGUAAAACCGUCUUGCACAAUAGGGGCUCGCACGCAUCCCUGUUUCAGGAGGUUGAUGCUUCCGAGGACAAGAGUGUUCCGAUCACGGCAAGGUGCCAGUGGGUGCCUCACGUCGACUUCCAGCAGGAUCUCGACAAGCUCAUCAAGACGUCGCAAGAUCACGUCCAGUUCGGGCCGGUACUGGCUGACCUGGCUCAGUUGGCAAUUGAUCUUGCUAGCAGAAUCACCCAGGGCAUCGACGUCCCUGAUACAGCUGGACAUCUGUUCAAGUACAUGACGUGGCUUCACCAGACGGCUAGUCCCAACGCAGACGAGCCUGAGAAAGUCACUCUUCGCAUCAACGACUUACUCAAGACCCUGGAGGGAUCCUCUGCUGAAGCAGCAGCCAAAGCCAUAGUUGCCGUAUCUGGUGACAUGCAAGCAUUCCUCGGAGGCGAGAAGUCCGGACUAGAGAUCCUGACCACGGACGGGAGAUUGGACGCGCUUACCAAAUUUCUGAGCGAUGUGGACGACUUGGAGUAUCUUCUCUGCGUUGCGAACAGCCAGCCCAACCUCCGUGUCCUCGAAGUUGGCGCCGGAACCGGCGAACGCGCCUCCUUGGUCCUAACCACCUUGACUCGUGAGGACGGACACCCUCUAUACUCGCAAUAUGUCGUCGCGGACGCAUCGUCCGGCCUGCUGAAUAGCGCCAAGGCCCGACUGUCCGACACCGUCAACACCGAGUUCCUCGUGCUGGACAUGAACAAGGACCUAGCAGAACAAGGCCUAGACGGUCGGCAAUUCGACCUCAUCAUUGCAACUAAUGUUCUCAAUGCGUCGACGAACAUCGCUUCCAGCCUGCGGAGUCUGCAUGGGCUUUUGGCCCCGCGUGGAAGGUUGCUCCUGGAGGAGCCGCGGCCGGGUCUCACGUGGGCCAAAUUUGCCCUGGCUGUGCUUCCAAGUUACUGGAACUAUGCGUCAGAUCUAGAUCGUGUCGAGGAGCCUUUUCUCACCGAGACGGAAUGGCAGGAGGCAUUGGCCGCCGCGGGAUUCGGCGAUGUGGCGAGCGUUGGCUUCGCAUCGGAGCACGCUGCAAAUAGCGCUCUGGUCGCGAAACCGCAGGCCUUGAAGACGCCAUCAAAACGCAUUACCUUGCUGUCCGACCGCACCACCGAGCCAGUCCUGAUUGUGCAGGAGCUCAAAAAUCGCGGCUAUGAAGUUGAUCGGUGCUCGCUGAGGGAAGUACCGCCAGCAGACCAGGACGUCCUCGCCGUGCUUGAGGAAGAAGAACCGUUCCUCACGAAUCUUGAUUCUGCCAAGCUCUCCGAAUUCCGGUCGUUCGUGGAUGGUCUGGGCAAUGCUGGCCUCUUAUGGGUGACUCGGCCGUCCAGUGUCGGUUGCACCGACCCGCGAUACGCGCAAGUGAUCGGACUGACCCGAGUGCUCCGCGCCGAAAUGGAGGUAGCUCUCGGAACGCUCGAGGUGGGCAGGGUCAGCUCGCCGGCCGAUGCUGUUCGCGUCUUGGAUGUGCUGGCCCAUUUUCAGGGGCGAGAGAAGGACGGUGCCAUGGGUCCAGAUCAUGAAUAUGUGAUCCACGACGGCCAGACGCUCGUCAACCGCAUCUUCCCCUUUUCUUUAGAAAAGGAGCUGCUGACGUUGGACGCAUCUGAGGAGGCAGUGCUGACGCAGACUGAUCCCGGGCGCCUCAACACGCUGACCUGGUCGACCAAGCAGGUGCAGUCGCCCAAGGAGGAUGAGAUCGAGGUCGAGGUGUAUGCAAGCGGGUUAAAUUUCAGGGAUGUGCUCGUGGGCAUGCAAAUUAUUCCAGGCCGCCACGAGCCCAAGUUUGGCUACGAAGCAGCCGGCAUUGUGAAACGAGUUGGGAGGAACGUCACAAAACUUCGCCCCGGUGACCGCGCCGUCGUGAUUGGCAUCAACACUUUCACGACCACUCUGACAGGCCAUCAAGCCUACUACGAGAAACUGCCAAAUCAUAUCAGCUUUAUCGAGGGCGCCUGUAUCCCUACCAUCUUCAUCACCGCCGUCUAUGGACUCAUGGACUUGGGCCAUCUCUCAAAGGGCAAGUCCGUCCUCAUCCACAGCGGCGCCGGAGGAGUUGGUCUAGCAGCCAUUCAAGUGGCCUGUAUGCUCGGUGCCGAAAUCUAUACCACUGUCGGAAGCGAGACGAAGGUAGGAUACCUUAUGGAAACAUUCGACAUCCCGCGCAACCGCAUUUUCAACUCUCGCAACGCCUCCUUUGUGGACGACCUCCUGCGGGAGACCGGCGGCAAGGGCGUUGACGUGGCGCUGAACUCGCUAUCAGGCGAACUGCUGCACGCGACCUGGAAAUGCGUGGCCAAGUGGGGGACCAUGGUGGAAAUAGGAAAGCGAGACCUUCUGGGCAAUGCCACGCUGGACAUGGCGCCGUUCUUGGCGAAUCGCAACUACUGUUGUCUGGACGUCGACCAGAUGAGAGCGGAGAGGCCGGAGAUGAGCACACGGCUAUUGAAGUUCACCAUGGAAUGCUUCGAGAAGGGCAUCUUUAAGCCAAUCCGGGUGGACCGGGUGUUCGACGCCCCAUCCGUCCUCGACGCCUUCAGAUACAUGCAGCAAGGCAAGCACAUCGGCAAGAUCGUCCUCGAGAUACGCGAUAGCACGGAGGGGAAGCUUCUCGUUACCAACGUCGAGUCGACGAAGCGUGCUCGCCUUCAGCUUGAUGAGACAGGCUCGUAUCUGCUUGUUGGUGGACUGGGCGGCCUCGGUCGCUCGAUCUCAAUCUGGAUGGUUCAGCACGGCGCCAGACACAUUACCUAUCUAUCCCGCAGUGCGGGUCGUGGGAAGCACGAUGCGGACUUUGUCCGUGAGAUCCAAAGCAUGGGGUGUAGCGUCAAUCUCGUGGCGGGGGAUGUCAGCAAGGCGGAAGACGUUGCGCGCGCGAUCGAUACGGCCAAUUCCACGGCUGCCUUGAAGGGUAUCGUGCAGAUGUCGAUGGUGCUGUGUGACCAGAUGUUCGAGGGAAUGAGCAUCGAGGACUGGAACACCGUCACCGCGCCCAAGGUCCAGGGGACAUGGAACCUCCACGAGAUCACCACGGCCCGCGGAAUUGACCCGGACUUCUUCCUCCUCUUCAGCUCCCUGUCGGGAAUUCUGGGACAGAUUGGACAGGCCAACUACGCCAGUGCGAAUACCUUCCUCGAUGCGUUUGUGCAAUACCGCGCGAGCGCGGGUCUCCCGGCUGCGGCGAUCGAUCUGGGCGCGAUGGAGGGCGUCGGGUAUCUGUCUGAGAAUCAGGAGCUGCUGAGAAAGAUGCAGGGAACCGGGUGGAGGCCUGUGCAGGAAGUGGAACUUCUCAAUGCGCUAGAGCUGGGGAUGAAACCCACCUCAACCGAGACCUUCAUCCUCGGUGUGGCUCCUAGCCUCCCUCUCAGCCAUCCCGAGAGCAGCGCCCGCCUGCGCCGCGACACCCGGCUCGCCGCAUACCAUAAUAUCGGCCGCGGCGCCGGCCAAGCCAGCAGCUCGGCAACCGACGGAUUGCGCGCGUUUAUUGGCACAGUCAAGAAAGAUCCGAGUGCGCUUCGAUCCCCGGAGACGGUGGAGAUGCUGGCCACGGAGAUCGGGAAAAAGUUGUUCGGUCUGUUGUUACUUGGAAAUUCAGAAGUGGACAUCACGAUGAGCACGGCGGAUAUGGGGCUUGACUCGCUAGUGUCAGUUGAACUGAGGGCCUGGUGGAAGCUGACUUUUGGUUUUGAUAUUAGUACACUCGAGAUGUUGAGCCUAGGGACGUUGGAGGCACUGGGAAGACGGGCGGUCGAUGGGCUAAGUCAAUUGUAUGGG